UCACUCUUACCUGUUCGGUUUCUCAGUCUUCUCUCUGUGUCUGUCUCUCUUUCUCUCCCUUUCUCUCGGUUGAUCCUGGUCCGCUGCCUGCUGCGGGCGUGUUUGUGUCCUCCUCCGUGUGUGUGUGUGUUCUCCUCCGUGUGUGUGUGUGUGGUUCCCAGGUGGUCUUCGACUUCAGUGGGAGCGGACGACUGGAGCUGAGUAUGAAAGCUGGAGAGGUGAUCUUUCUUCUGAGGAGAGUUAACACAGACUGGCUGGAGGGCACGGUGAGCAAUCGAACAGGUAUCUUCCCAGAAUCCUUUGUGAAGAUCAUUAAGCCCCUCCCAGAGAGUGACUCUGAUGGCGAGAGCGGUGGUGCUUCAGGUAAAGGGGCGGGGUCUUACAGCUGCCUGCGCUGCUACCUGCUCACACCCCAGGGCGUCGACACCAGGGAUGUGUGUGUUGAAGAAGAUAUCUCCACCCAGCCAUCAUACAAAGAACUAUUGGCACGCAUGAGAGAUGUGUUCAAGGUGGAUGGCAACAUCGCCCUGAACUACCGUGACCCCGAGGGUGACCUGGUGCGUCUCCUUGACGACGGGGACGUGGAGCUGAUGGUGGCUGAUGGGCGGGCGCAAAGGUCAAAGGUCAAGAGGCCUGUCAAUCAGUUUCCGUGGGAACUGCAUGUCACCGCGACCUCUGACCUAUCUGUGUAUAAUACUGAGAUAUAAACACAGGGAGAUGGAGGUUUUCACUUGUUUCUGUACUCGCUGAAGAGAGGCCAUUUGUGUUCGCUUCAGUGUGUGUGUGUGUGCACGCUUUCAGGUGCACCUGUCUGUCCGUGCCCUUGUGCAUGUGAGUCUCGCCAGCUUGCAUCCGUAAUCCACUGCAAACCUGCAUGUAGUAGUCCGGACUGAGACCCAGUGACAGGGUGACAGACUUUAAUUAAGGGGACAGACGCUGGAUUGUAACACAUUACAGAAGUUAGUCUGAUUGAGCAAUGUGAAUGCAACCUAAAAGGCACACUAGGCCCUACAUAGUGCACUACUUUUCACCAGACUCCUAUGAGCCCCGCUCAAAAUUUGUGCACUAUAUAGGGAACAGGGUGCCAUUAGGGAUGACACCUUAGUCACAUUCAUUAGUAUGUCUGUGUUUUGUGGCUUUAAACGUGUAACAUUUCACCUGUACUGUUGAGUAAAUGUUAAUAUAAGGACAUUUAAUAACGUUUUAGAAACUUGUGUUCUAUUACUCCAUAUAUUCUGUUGUGGUCGUAGUAAUGCUUAGCUAUGCUCCCAUUGUGUUUUCUAUCAGUAAAAAAUACACUAUUGAAAUAUA